AUGCCGGUCACAUUCGGUGCCGUAGGCGACAUCAUCUCCGUCGUUUUGCUUGUGAAAGACCUAGUCGCAGCGCUUGACGAGGCUCGCGGCUCCAGAGCAGAGUAUCAGGCCGCCGUACGCGAGCUUUGGACUCUCGACCGUACGCUCCUCGAAAUCGAUCUGCUUACUAGACAGCAUGGGGAUGGAGCUACGCCUGAGUUACGGAGCCUCUGCGAAACAGCAAAGCAAGCCGUAGCUAGAUGCAAUGACCGCGUUAGCGCCUACAAGAAGCGCAUCCAGGGAUACCAGCGCGCUUUUGAAGUCGGCAAAGUGAACAGGGUCAGAGAGAUUGGAAGAGCGAUUGGUUGGAGGACUGGAGAGAAAGAAGCGCUGGAGCAGUUUCGCGCAGAAAUCGCAGGGACGACAUCAAGCCUGCAGAUGUUGUUGAUCACGGCCAAUGUCACGUUACUUGGGGUGAGUCGAAAAGAGAUGAAUGACAAACUCGACGAAGCAAAGCGCAGGAACGACACGGCGACGCUCUUGCAUGAUGCAUCACUCAUAGACAUCAAAGACGGCAUUGAGAAUGCUAACCGCAACAUCGAAGCUGCCAAAUCGAUAUUGGGGAACGUAUCCGAAGCACUCAAGCUAGAUUGGCUCCGAAAGCUUGGUUCUGAGCUUAAAGGCAUGAUGCGAGGCGCGACGACGAUCAACUUCGCGACUUACCGUGCUGUCAUGCGUCUGCAGAACUCACUCCCCAGCCACCUAGAGCGGAGCAUGUUCGAAGAGCCAAUAAUACUGGACGAUCCCAUGGGUCGUAUCGCACCUGUUCAUCUGCAAUUCAUCACCUCUUGGGAUGCCUUCCACUCUGUGCUUGAGCUGCGAUUCCAGGACAUGCCAGGCCAUAUGAAAAUUGGACGAAGGCAAUACGCCUUACAAGCCAACGGUACGGGAAGAGAGAUCGAGUUAUCGCGUCCAUGGCACGCUGCCUUUAUACCUGGUCAGCGAAUUGACAUGAGCUUCGUCUUCAAUCAAAAUGAUGCCAGCGAGAGCAGUAGCACUACCUGUCCAGGAUGCUUGACUAAAUCUACGUAUUCCAGCGAUGCUGAGAUAGAAUGCACGAAUUGUCAAAUCCGAUUCCGGAGGAUCACUGUGAUUCAGGAAGACGAAUCUCCGUUACAAGAGGAUCAGCAUACACGAGAGUCCAAACUGCGAGCAGAAGCUACAGACGCUGGCAGUAGAAAAAGAAGUUUCUACGAGCUUGCUGAGCCCGAGGAAGAGGACCUAAGAAGCUUCAAACGAGUGCGACUCAUCUCAAAAAGAAAGCGUGCUGGUAGACUUGGGAUCUUUUCGCCUGGAACGGCUAAGGGAGAAGCACGAACACUACAGGAGAAGUACGAGUUAGAUCAUUCUGCGGAACUCUUUGGAUCACUGGAUGGACGUUUCACGCACCUUCGAGCGCAAGUCGAUCGAUUCCACGCCCAGGUCAACAAGAAAACAGUCGAGCAAGAACUGAAAGGCGGCGAGGAAUUCAGUCUCGAACGUCAUGGAAAACUCAUGGCUUCUCUCAAUUCACGUAGAGAUAGGAAGGAGAGGGUUAGAAGGAAGAGUCAAUCAGACAUUGGCCCAACAAAAUUUGCCCAAGAGGGCGGGGCGGACAAAGGGAGCCUUCGAUGGGUUACCGCCACCAGACCCAGCGAUUUCAAAUCAAAGGCUAACAUGCGAGCCCCAGGGCCACUGGCGAAGCCACGGAUGAUUCGCAAGAAAUGGCCCCAAAACGAUCAGAUCAUCCACCCUGGGAGCCACAACCAGAAUCAGUCAAGGGCGCGCUACGAUCUGACUAAGAGUAUGGUUCGCAUCUCCAAAGAUGAAGACGAAGGCUUGUAG